AUGUAAGAAUAAAUAGCAAUUAAAAUAUCCCAAUCAGUGUUUAAGACAUUCGAUGAUUAAUAUGAGACCAUAAGUUUGAGAAGAGUCUUUAGUGAUAAUAAGCAAAACACAGACACCUCAAUUUACACAGGCUCAGGUGGUGUAGUUUACACUUAUUACCAAAUAAUGAAAUACCUUAAUUUAGUCAAAGAAUAAAAAGACCUCCUCGAGCAUGUUAGUCUAAGAUUUCAAGAAUCUUUAGAGUUAAAUAUCAAGAUGAUUGAAGAGGGACGAUGCAAGAAAGGAUUGAAAAAUCCUUCAUUUUUCUAAUCUGUAGCAGGACUAUACACAAUUGGAGCAUUACACUAUCACGAGUAGAAAAAUCAAAAGGAACAAGAGAGAAUGCUAGAUAAACUGCUUGAGCAUUAUUAUGUGUUUGAGAAUGAUCUUGGUGAGUACGCUGAGGAUGAGAUUUUAUAUGGAAUAUCAGGGUACCUCUAUUGCCUUCUAGAAGUUAUAUCUAAAAUAGAUGCUAAAAAUGAAAGAGCUCUUAAAAGAGUCCACAAAAUCAUAGACACUCUGCUUAUGGAUGGAACUUAAUGGAGCCAGAGCGAUGAAUACAUACUAAUUAAAUGGCCUAGAGAUAGAAAGGAGAAAAAGUUUUAUAUGGGAGGUGCACAUGGCCUUAUAGGAGUUCUUCAGAUAUUGUUACAGGCAGUGAAUAUUAUUCCUGACUUGAAAUCUGACAAAAAUCUAAUGCUAAUAAUUAAGAAUAGUUGCGAAUUCGUUGUUGAGAUGUAGCUUGAGUCUGGCAAUUUCCCUUCCAGCUUAGGGAAGAAAGAUGAUAUUCUAGUUCAUUUUUGUCAUGGAUCAACUGGAGCUUCUUCAUUUCUUGUGAGUGCUUAUUAAACUUUCAAAGAGCAGAAAUACUUGGAUUCCUUAUUUAGAGCAGGGGAGCUUAUUUGGGAAAAAGGAUUACUUAAAAAAGGAAACGGUAUUUGCCAUGGAAUCAGUGGAAAUGCAUAUGCUCUUCAUAGCAUUUAUAGGUUAACUAAUGAUGAAAAAUGGCUAAAUAGAUCCUUGAUUUUUAUAAAAGCAACCUUCGACUCAGAUAUCUAAUAAAUAUGCGCCGAUUAUGAUGAUUAAGGAAGAAUUAUUCCAGGAGUUCCUGAUUGUCCCUAUAGCUUGAUGGAGGGAAUCGGGGGCUAACUAGUUUUAUACUCAUAAGCAUUAUAGGAAGAUAUGAAUUCUGUAAAAUUUCCAGGAUAUGAGAUAAUAUUCUGA